CGAUAUUCAUUCUACCAGCUACCAACAGCAUAACACCCGUAUUACCUUUCUAAUGAACUUCUUUCUUACUUUACGCAACCAAAUAUUUUGAACAUUCACUAGUGUCAUUCUAAGUACUGGUAGAAAGAAAUUGAUGUAGUUAUACGAUAUCGAACAACAUAUUGAAGAUAAUAGGGAAGUUAAAUUAAAUAGUACGUAAAGUAACAAAGUAUAUCUGACGUAUUUUCAAAUAUACACGUAUAGGUGAUUAUUCGUAAAGAGUGCUAGUGUAAAGUGCAUAUUGAUUGUCAAAACAAUGGAAUACGUAUUGAUAAAAGACAUACGGCCGGGUCAAAAAAACAUUAAUGUAGUGUUUAUUGUUCUGGAAGUUGGUCAUCCUACCAUUACCAAAGAAAACCGCGAAGUUCGAACGUUUAAAGUGGCAGACAGUACAGCAUGCAUGAAUGUUUCAAUUUGGGACGAACCUGGACAGCUUUUAGUACCAGGGGAUAUUGUAAGAUUAACAAAAGGUUAUGCUUCUGUUUGGAGACAAUGCUUAACUUUGUAUUCUGGAAAAAAUGGAGACAUACAAAAAAUUGGUGAAUUUUGUAUGGUAAUAAAUGAACAGUUAAACAUGAGUGAACCAAAUCCUGCUUUAGCGCAACAAAUGAUUAACCAAAGUGGUUCUGGUCCACCUGGUAGUAAUGUUAACAAUACUAUUACAAAUAAUGGAAAUGCAAAUAAUAUCACUGGCCAACCUGGAAGGCAACCAUUGACAAUUCAAAGUAAUUCAACAACACCUGCUAGUGGUACUUCUGGUAGUUCAACAACAACAAAGAGUGGAAACAAUAAUAAUAAUAGCACUGGUGGAAAUAGUGGUAAUACUUCAGGACUUCCAGGGGGAUCUGCAAGAUAUUCUGGUGAUUCAACAACAAAAACAUCUGUUGCAACAAAAACUAAUUCUCGUGGUCGUGGGGGGUACAGAAAUGGUGGACGCAGUGAUCGUAGAUAACAUAUAAAUAAAAAGUGGUUAAUUAUAUAUGUGUAAUAAAAAUAUGCAAUUGGUUAUAUAAUAUUUAGGAUAACUGUAAUAUACUGUUUUUUUAAUAAUCCUGUAUAUGUGUAUUCAUGAAUUAAUGUAUACGAUAGAUUUGUCUUAGAAUAUAACAUCAUGAAUUGAAGACAAUCCAAUUAAGUAGAAUAGAUGAAAAAUACUAUCAUCAAUGAUAUAAUAUAUUAAUGUUUCAGUGAAUUAAUUUUAAUUCAUAUAUUUGGAAUCAUUGAGUUUUGUACAUUUCUUAAUUUAAAUCUGGAGCUUGUCUUCAAAUCAUAGUAAAAGUA